AUGCCUACAUUUGUUAAUACAAGUGCUACAUCUACACCGAUAGUGCUACAAUUGCCCGAUUUUUGUGGAAAGCCGGAAGAUUGGCCAAUAUUUUAUACGGCUUACAUAGAGUCAACGGCAAUUUAUGGAUACAGCAGCUAUGAGAAUAAUCAACGUUUAUUAAAGUGCCUGAAAGGUUACGCACGUGAAGCGGUCAAGUCAUUGCUAAUCCACCCGGACAAUGUCGUGAAAGAAAUCGCACCUAUUUCGGAAAAUGCCAUGAUGAAAWUAAUACCAUUUGCAACGAAGGUGUGUAAUAUUUGUGUAUUUUUACAAUCUGCUCAUGGUGGUGAAUUGCAUUUGUCAAAUCCUACAUUACUCGACGAACUUGUCUCAAAAUUGCCUUUGAGCAAACGUGUCGAAUGGGCCAGCUUUGCAGCUCUUAUGCAGCCACAUGCAACAAUAAAACAUUUUAGUGAUUGGCUAUCAAAAUUAGCUAAUAUAAUUUGUACGGUUUGUGAAGACCCUUACAAGGAUUCGAAGUGCCGCAUGGUUUUACAUACAAUUGAGCCACGCCGAUCAGUGAGAUGUCCAAUUUGUCAGGAGCAACACAAUGUAGCAGGGKGUGCGCGUUUUGUAGAAUAUUCAGUGCCGAGAAGAUGGGCAGAGGUGAAACGACGUCGUUUGUGUUUUGCUUGUCUCAAUUUAGGCCACUGUACAAGGAAUUGUCAUCGACGCAGGUUAUGCUCCAUUGAUGAUUGCCGGAGAGUGCAUCAUAAACUCUUACAUGAAGUCACGGAGAACGUUUCCAAUUCGUCAGGACAGUCAACUCCUACUUUCUCCGCUAUGAAURUACAAGGUAAUCGUAAGCCUACAUCACCAAGUCGUUCACUCAACAGCCAACAGACAUCACUGGAAGCAAGAUCAGCAGUUCUGAGUUGCAGUUCCACUGAAAGCAAGCUCCUCUUCCGUAUUUUACCAGUUACCGUAUACGGAAAUCACAGACGUGUUGAUACAUACGCACUGCUGGACGAAGGUUCAUCCAUCACGAURAUUGACCGUGCCCUUGUUCGGGACUUGGGAAUGCAUGGAAGUAAGCAAUCUUUAAAUGUACAGUGGUUUGGAGGACGUGUAGCGCAAGAAUCAACGUUUGUAGUGGACUUAUUCAUCAGUGGCGCCGGUAUGCAGAAACAACACAAACUCCGUAACGUGCAUGCUGUGUCGAACCUACAGCUUCCUGUACAGAGUUUAAGCAGAGCCGAUUUGGAUCAUGAGUAUAGACACGUAAGCCAACCGGUACAACCUUACGCCCAAGUCAGGCCCAAGCUGUUAAUUGGCCUUGACCACUGCCAUUUGGGAUUACCAUCGACGACUGUGAGGGUCAAGGAGCACGGACCAUUCGUUGCUAAUACAGAGUUGGGUUGGGUUGUAUUCGGCCCAACAUCUUCUACACAACCAUCYCCAGUAGCGUGUUUAUGCGUGAAUAAUCAAGCUGAUCAGACACUUCACAAUAUGGUAUCUAACUUUUUUGAAAUUGAGAGUUUUGGUGUUAGAGCUGCACCGCCCAUAGAGAGUGAGGAGGACAUCCGUGCCAGAGAUAUCUUGAAAUCUACCACAUGCCGCGUAGACGGACGUUUUAAAACGGGUCUUAUAUGGAAAAGUGACAAAGUUAAUUUACCUGAUAGCUACAAUAUGGCGUUGAAACGAUUAAUCAGUGUAGAGCGAAGGAUGAGUCGUGAUGCAGAUUUUGCCGCCGAAUACAAGAACAUCAUGGACUCUUACGUCACAAAGAAGUACGCACGAAAACUGCCGCCAGCAGAAGCUGCUGUGUAUACACCUASAACUUGGUAUUUACCACACUUUGCGGUUGCUAAUCCCAACAAACCCGGAAAACUACGUAUGGUUUUCGACGCCGCUGCUCAGGUAGGUGGAAUUUCCCUCAAUUCACAGCUCUUGAAGGGUCCACAAGAAUAUCGCCCAUUGCCGUCGAUAUUGUCUCGUUUUCGUGAGGGCGCAGUUGCCGUAUGUGGAGACAUCAAAGAGAUGUCCCAUCAAGUCCUUAUACGAGAAGAUGACAGAUGUGCACAGAGGUUCCUCUGGCGUGAUGCAAUAUUGGAUCACCAUUAUGUCGAUGACUUCGUUGAUAGCUUCGGUUCAGAAGAGGAAGCCAUUUCCGUGUCAGAACAGGUCCGAGCGAUUCAUACGGAUGCUGGGUUUGAGCUUCGCAAUUUUACAUCCAAUUCUUCGAAGGUGUUAGCCGCGCUUGGUGGUACUGACGUUACACGAUCGAUUGGGUUUCUGAGCAAUUUCGUCAUUGGGGCCAAGUUACUUAUGCGUGAGCUUUGGAAACACAAUAUCCAUUGGAACGGCCCAUUACCAAACGACGUAAAUUCUGCUUGGGCGAAGUGGCGUAAACAACUACCCGAGAUUGUCAAAUAUGCCAUGCCUCGUUACUAUUUCAGAAAUGGGGCACCUCAAGUACUUCAGCUUCACAUAUUUGUUGACGCUAGUGAAGAUGCCUUCGCCGCCGUUGCUUAUAUUCGAUAUCAAUCUUUAUCUGGUGAAUUUAAUGUUGCAUUCAUUUGUGCCAAGACAAAAUGUGCGCCAUUGAAAACUCUUACCGUGCCACGCCACGAACUUCAGGCAGCGGUUUUGGGCACUCGCCUCAUGCAGUGUAUCCGCGACGAACAUUCUCUAAACAUCAAAGAUUGUAUUCUGUGGAGUGACUCAAAAACGGUCAUCAAAUGGAUACAGAGUGAACAUCGUCGAUACAAGCCUUUCGUUCAGCAUAGGAUAGCCGAGAUAUUGGCUUCAACAAGCAUAUCAAAUUGGAGGUGGAUACCCACUAAGCACAAUGUAGCCGAUGAAGCCACGCGAACAAAUGAUUGCACCAAUUUUAAUCCAACAGCACGUUGGUCACGGGGGCCCCCGUUCUUACGACAGGACGAACAAGCUUGGCCUUCAGAAGUCGUAACAGUUUCUGGACCUGAUGAACCUGAUGAAGAGAUUCGAUCCAAAUUUGCUUUAGUCAUCCAGCACAACCACCAGUUGCUAGGCGAUCCGUUUGUUAACGGCGACACAAGAUUGCAACAACAGAUUUCACAAUUGGAGUCACARMCACCGCCGACAUCACAGACGCAGACAGCGAUUCAGUCACAGUUGCAGACACAGACGCAGCAACAGCCAUUACCACAACAGCAUCAACAACAACAACGGCAGCAGUUAACGCAGCGUGAAGCACAGCUGCCGAUAACGCAGCCGUCUAUGUCUCCAGCGCACAUUUUUUCACCCAAGGCGUCCAGCCUAAUGGUGACAGCGCAACAACAGCAACUUCAGCAUCAAUCGYUGCAAAUCCAGCAACAGCAGCUGCAUCAGCCACCACAACAGCCCCCAACACCGACAUCAACACCCACACAUCAUUUGACUAACAUUCUGAACGAAACAGCCAUCUCGAACAGCUCUUCCACAUUGGCCGUAGUGGGUAACGACAGUAACAACAGCAGCAGCAACAGUUCGACCAAAAGAAUUGUCAACAAUCAGCCCACCUCAGUGCAUGAUGGUAACAUGCAAAG